AGGAACUUACGGUAACCCCAACCUUUUUUGAGCGAAUUGAAAAGUAGCCCUUGCUGCCGUAAAUCUUGUUGUUGGGCGGAGGGCCGUGAAGGGGAAAAUCCCAAAGUUGUCCCAAAAGCAUUUUCUUCUGAAGAGGCAUAACCAAGAAGAGAAACUUUAUCACUACUUCAAUGGUUGCCAGCGUUUGUGCAUAAAGGACUGAGGGUGGAGUCUAGGCACAUACCAUGGCACGCCCAGGGGAGCCAGGCACGCUGAGGUGGCUGCUUUCCCAAGAUUCCUCAAAAGAGCUGUCAGAGGAACUACUUGAAUCUAUAAAGAACAAUAGUGAGUUGCGUCCUUUUCUGGCAGUUCAUUAUCUGCCCGCCCUGAAGGAGGGAGAUGUCUCCCCUCUGUUGCACAGCAACCCCGUCACUUGCAGGGUUGACAAUACAGAGAGAUACACCACACGCUCAAAGGUACGUGUGUGCACACUGUACACUGUUAAGCUGACACAUGGGGACUUCACAUGGACAGUGAAGAGAAAGUACAAACACUUCCAGGAGCUCCACCGCGACCUCUACAAGCAUAAGAUGAUGCUACAAUUCUUACCCCUUGGGAGAUUUGCGAUUCAGAGACAGCAGUUGGAGAACAUGACUGAGGAGAUGCCCACAUUACAUGGAACAGAAAGGAGACGAGCCUCCAGCAAACCGAAAUACUUGGAGGACUACCUGAACGGCCUUCUAGAAAAUUCUUUCUGUAAGAACUAUCAUGGUAUGUUGGAGUUUCUUGCUGUCAGUCAACUGUCCUUCGUCAAAGAUCUUGGGCUUAAAGGCCUGGAGGGCUUCAUUCACAAAAGGUCAGGAGGUCACCGGAUCCAGGGCCUGAACUGCAUCGGCCAUCAUCAAGUGUGCUUCCGCUGGUCCCGCCGCUGGCUAGUGGUCAAGGACUCCUUCCUCCUCUACAUGAAGCGUGACUCUGGGAACAUCUCUUUUGUGCUUCUGGUUGACCCUGAGCUGAGGGUCAACGUGGGCCGCUCCUACACAGAGAUCCAGCAUGGCGUAUGCAUCGAGACCUUCACCAGGAAGCUGAUCAUUAAGUGCAACACAUACAGACAGGCCCAGUGGUGGAGCCACGAGAUCAAGCGGCUGUCGGAGGCCAGCGACUUCCUCCAGCUGCACCGCUUCCAGAGCUUUGCCCCGCCGCGCCCCAACACGCUCACCAAGUGGUACGUCAAUGGGAGCCAGUACUUUUCUGAUUUAGCAGAUGCUCUAGAUCAGGCGAAGGAGGAGAUCUUCAUCACUGACUGGUGGCUCAGUCCGGAGGUCUACCUGAAGCGCCCUGCCACUGAUGACUACUGGCGUCUGGAUACCAUCCUCAAGCGCAAAGCAGAGCAAGGAGUGAAAGUGUGUGUGCUGCUGUACAAAGAGGUGGAAAUGGCCUUGAACAUCAACAGUGGCUACAGCAAAAGAACACUGAUGAGCUUGCAUCCAAACAUCAAGGUGAUGAGGCAUCCAGACCACGUGGCGUCUGUGGUGUUCCUGUGGGCUCAUCAUGAGAAGAUGGUCACCGUCGACCAGUCAGUCGCCUUCAUGGGUGGAAUUGACCUCUGCUUCGGGAGGUGGGACGACAGCUGCUAUAGGCUCACAGAUCUCCACUCUCCACCGGUAGCCAAUGACACUACAGAUGGCAACGCAGAGACGGAUGUUGAUGGGAAUGACGAAUCUACCGUCCAUCUCACGAAAGAGUCGGAACCCGUGCCUGAGGGGCAGCAGAACCUGAAAGACAACACAAACUAUUGGCUUGGCAAAGACUACAGCAACUUUUACAAGAAGGACUGGACCGAGCUGGAUUGCCCAUUUGACGACAAUGUUGAUCGGAGCCAGGUUCCCCGUGUCCCUUGGCGUGACCUGGGCGCAGUGCAUCAUGGGAAAGCGGCCAGAGAUCUGUCACGUCACUUCGUCCAGCGCUGGAACUUCACAAAGAUAUAUAACAAGCACAAGGAUGACUUCUACCCUUACCUGCUGCCAAAAUCCCACAGCACUGCAGACAGUCUUCUUUUUACAGUACCUGGAUCAGCCAAAGCCUCAGUGCAGGUGCUUCGCUCGGCGGACCGCUGGUCAGUCGGGGCCUGUGAGUGUUCGAUCAUGAACGCAUACGUGGACACCAUCAAGAACAGCCAGCACUACAUCUACAUCGAGAAUCAGUUUUUCAUCAGCUGUGCGGACGGGAGGAGUGUACACAAUGGCAUAGGUGACGCCAUUGUUGAGCGAAUUCUUCAGGCACACAAAGAGCAGAAGAAGUAUCGGGUGUUUAUAGUGUUGCCCAUCCUACCAGGCUUUGUAGGAGACAUUACCCAGGGCGGUGGCUACUCCAUCCAGGCCAUUCUUCAUUAUACAUACAGGACCAUGAACCGUGGAGAGCAUUCGAUUCUGGCCAGACUGAAAGAACAAAUGCAGGGCGAGUGGACCCAGUACAUCUCUCUAUGUGGCCUGCGCACCCAUGACAGACUGUGCGAGUCCUCCAUCACAGAGCUCAUCUAUGUCCACAGCAAGGCCCUGAUCGCUGAUGACCGCCGCUACAUUAUCGGAUCGGCCAACAUCAACGACAGGAGUAUGCUGGGUAGUCGUGACAGUGAGCUGGCCAUCCUGGUGGAGGAUGAGGAACGAGUGCCUUCAGUCAUGGGCGGAGAGGAGUACGAGGCAGGCCCUUUGACCUUGGCCCUGCGCAAAGAGUGCUUCAGGGUUCUUCUGGGGGCAGAGUCCGAGCCAUCCGUCGACAUUGACGAUCCAGUCAGCGACCAUUUCUUCAAUGAGGUGUGGAACAGCAUUGCUAAGUCGAAUGCAGCUACCUAUGAAGAGGUUUUCCGCUGUCUGCCCUCCGACUCCAUCCGCAGCAUGGCUGACCUCUCGGCGCACCCCACCACGGGGGGCCUGAACGAGACGGAUCCCGAAGCGGCGGCGGAGGAGCUGAAGGCCACCCGCGGCAUCCUGGUCCACUUCCCCCUGCAUUUCCUGUGCGACGAGUACCUGCUCCCCCCGCUCAGCAGCAAAGAGGGUAUUGUGCCCGUGGAAGUGUGGACUUAGCAGGGGAGAGCGGAGCGAGGGGAGGCCCGGCAUCAGGGCCACUGGAGAUGGGCGUGAGUGCUUCUGCUGCAAGCAGGAACCCACAGGCACCCAUACCACCAGAGAGGCAAAAGUGAAUUCCCUGGGAUCAGCGUAACAUAAUAAGACUAAUUUGUAUGUGCAUGGCCAACAUGCAAGUGCAUGACUAAACUGGAAUAAUACAUAGUUAGGACUCAUAACUAACUAUCUUCUAAACUAUGUUUUAGAAGUUUAAAAUAUGAAAGUGGUUAUUUUAUUGCUUCACUAUUUGUGCUUUUACCUUGUGGGAGCAUUUUUACAAUCUUCUUAACUCCCCAACUUUACAUAUUUUAAACAGGUGCAUAUUCAGAAACUAUUUUUCCUAAGAAAAGUAUUGUUUUUGGUUUGUUUGGAGUUGUUUUUUUAUUUGUUUUACUGUAUGAGGAACUGUUUUUGUAUAAUCAAUAUACAAUAGAGCAAAAUGUUUUGCCCUAAAGAGGUUUUAAAAAAGCAUGACGUCAAAAAUCUUCACAUAUAACCUUUUUUUAUGAGGAAGAUCCUAUGAAGAAAUAGUUCAACUACUAUCUCUUAUUGGGGUCCUUCUCCGAGCAUUACCUGGAAAGCUUAUUCUAUGCAGACAAUCCAAGGAGUAUCUGCUGUUUACAGUGCAUUUGUCCACUAUGAUCAUGUUUACCAGAUGUGUCAUUCUCUGUAAUCCAUGUAUUCCCCAGAGAUGGCAUUUGGUUGAUAGAUUGUACCACAGCUGGUGCUUCUUGGCCAUCUUUAAUGCUGGCCUUGCCGAUGAUUGUGACAAUCCUCACCACUAAAAAGCCUUGUGGCGAAACAAUUGUGAUUUCACUUAGCUGGCACAUGUACGUAUAUGUAUGUUACGUAUAUAUUUUAACAUUAGAGUUUAAUGUUUAGAGAUAUAUUUUAAUGUUCAGGGCAAACCACUCCAUAUCUGAUGCAGAAUUGAUUUAAGGAGAAUGUCUACAGCUCUUGGAUGAUAGAUUGUACCCCAGCUGGUGCCUCCUGGGCAUCUUUUAAUGCUGGCCUUGCCGAUGAUUGUGACAAUCCUCACCACUACAACGCCUUUUGGCGAAACAAUUGUGAUUUCCACUCCAUAUUUGAUGCAGAAUUGAUUUGAAGGGAAUGUCUACGGCUCAGAACUUUGGGUGCACUUUCACUUUACAAUAAUGUAAGCCAUACUUCUCUCUCGUCUCUCUGAUCAGUUUAAAAUGGCUGCCAGUGAGCUGUGUAUCUGUAACUGUUCACAGCAAAUCCCUUGCGUCAGAUGCAUGGAAAUCCAGUUUCAAGAUCAGAAGUCGAGUGUCUCUGAUGAUUGUGGAACGGAACGUACAUUUAUUGUUGUGUGAGUGUGGGCGGAUAGCCUCUCUCAAUCUCUCUUUAAUGCUUCCCUCUCUCUCUCUCUCUCUGCCUCUCGAGCACUACACCUCUCCAUGCAGUGCCAGCGAAUCUGUCUGAACAUUUGUGGUUGUUAUGGAGACGGGUAUAAAGAGCUGACUGGAUUGUGGCUGUUGAGACAGAGAGAGACAGAGAGAGAGAGAACGAGAUGGAAAGAGAUAUAGCAGGAAUGCAGGAGGAGUAAAACAGAUGAACACAGACCCCUGCAGAUGAAGGGCAACCAAAUUACUGUGGGUGUAGAAGGACAGGAUGAGGAAAUGAGGGGAAUGAAAAAAGGCAUCAUGUGGAUACUAUUUGCUCUUUUUCUUUUUUUUUAUGAGAGAGAGAGAGAGAGGUUGAUAGUAGGGUGGAAUGGGGGCAGUUUUAGGAGUGGGGUCAAUACCAAAUGCAGACACAAGAGGUGUGCAUCCUGUUAAUGGUGGGAUUCGGUCUUAGCAUACAUUAAUCAUAGGGUGUCUUGCUAUCACUAUGGCAACCAAGUGAAUUAUUGUUAUGUAAUCAUGUUGUCAGUGGUUUAGAAGAUUCCAAGUUAUGAGAGGGGGAGCUGCUGUUCUAGAUCUCGUGGACAGAAGUGUGCAAUUCAGCUUGAUUACAGAUGUGCCCCUGCUGCCAUGUCGACAUGAUCCCCCAAAAAAACAUCAUAUAAGCAACAACUCAUGCUUGUGAUCAAAUGUAGGCCUACUAUGAGUACAUGCUGAAGAGGCCAUCAGUGUAUCAUUGUUAAAACGUGUUAGUGUGAAACUUUGUACCUGAUACUGUGCAACUACACUACAAUGUAGUCCUGUCACAUACCAAUCAGAAAACAACAUACUAAAAUUGCAGAUGUGCAUGACAUUGUCGUAUGCAACAGUGUUAUGCUUUUAAAAUGCUAAAAGUACUAACCGUUCUACUAGUGUUAUUGGCAAUUGUUACUCCUUUUGAAACUUUUAAAGUGUCUGUAUUAACAUGAACAUUUUAUAACAGUAGUGCAGAAUUAUAAAAUCUAUAUACAGUAGCCUAUCAUGUCAUUACUGAAAAUAAUGACUUGCAUAAGAAAAUACAUACUGUGUUUUUCAUGACUACAUUUUUUUUUUUAAGUUUAAUAUAUUUGUAUGUAACACUGACAUAAACAGUUAAAAUGCCAUCUGUCUUCUCGCCGACUAAUUCCAAUUAAAACAUUUUUAAUUGA